UAAGAUUAAAGUGGAAGGACAUAAAGUGUUCUUAAACUAUGCGGCCAGUAGUUGUAAUUAUCGUAUUUAUUGGAAUUUUACCUGCUGUUUUGACUCAGAAAGAGCUACAGAUAAAAUAUCAGCAGACAUGCAGACCGGUAAGGGCUCUUAUCUUCUGGCACCUCAACAUGAUAAAAUAUAUAUUUGAUGUACAACGACACUUAAUAUCUCGAAUUAUAAACAAUACACGUGAAGGCACAAAUAUUCGUUUGGACGUAAUAGACACAAAAGUAAGAAAUGUAUUAAGUAUGAAAAAGGACAACACAAACGACUGGAUUGAAUCCAUAACUAAGGUUAAACGUGGAAGUUCGGAACAAAAUAUAAUUCCAUACAAGUCCUUGGUGGGAACAAUAUCCAACUUUACAAAUGAAACUGUAUCAGUAGCAACAGAAUUAUUCUUUGUGGUGAAUGACAAAUCAAAGCUAGAUGACGAUGAAAUUGCAAUAAAAGAAUUGAAGCGAUUCAAGACGUAUGUUGUAUUCUACGGAGAAAAGACACCACCAAAGUUCUGGACAAAUCUCGCCACAGAUAAACACCGUCUGCUUGAACUUAACGACAACUUUACUAAAUUCCUAAACCUUACAUGUCAAGAUUCUAAACUGCAGUGUGAUACUAACAGGUACUGGACUGGAAAAGAAUGCAGAACAUAUACAUUCAUCUGUUCGAAAACAUACACAGAAGCGUCUCCGUAUUGUGUCCAGAAAUGUCCUUAUUUUAGACACCGAGACAACAGAAGAGACCAACCAGAGAACGUUGGAUGUAACAGUCUAGUUCCCCAUGAUAAACUGAUAUACGUGUUUUCUGUUUCUGUCUUGAUAUUGAUGAGUCAAUUACUUCGAUAAGAAAAAAAAAAACAAAAACAAAAACAAAUUACACUUUUGGGUAGCCGGUUUAUGGACACAGUCUGAAUUGAACUUGAUAUGACGAAAAGUCUGAAUGUCACAUAAUAAUUUACAGUUUAUGAAACAGUCGUAAUAUCACGUUUUGUUCAUACGUCUUGUCCAUACAGUUGCUACUCAGAAAGUGGAAUAAAAACAAAAGCAGUGAGAACGGCCAAAACAACCUCGAUGGCAUAGGAAAAAGAGCUAGAAUUAGAAUCCAUUAACGAUUAGGAAUAUAUUAACAUUCACUUUGUACAUGUGAAAUAGAGGUUUCUACUACAUAAACUGUUCUUAUUGAUUACAGACAAUACAUAGCAAGAGCCGACAAGACAGUAAAUACACAUAUCAACCAUUUACAUUAUUGUGCCUCCUUCGAAGACGAAGCGGGUAUAUUGAUUCCCCUCAUUGUUGGUCUGUCUGUCGGACAACCAUUUGGCUAUAGAACUUCAUAGAAGAUCAAAGUCACAAUGGCCUUUAGUAACUAAAGAACGCUUUAGUCUACAGUCAUUAAACUUCGUAGGAUGGUUAUCUGUGGUCAGUGGACCCCCAUUAUUAUUGUGGGUCAGUAUGUCAAGGUCGCCGUGAACUUGAGACUGAAGACGGUUUCGGCUCAUUAACUAAAGAACGCGUUGGCAAAAGCCGUCAAACUUCAUAAUAUGAGUGCAUGUGGUCGGUAGAUGAUCUGUAUUGUUUUGGGGGUCAUAGGUCAGAGGUUAAUGGCACAGCGGCAUCUAGCCUGUAAACGGUUCCCGUGCGCUUUGGCUGUCACAUUUAGUCAAUAGAGUACGCAUGUUUUAUUUGAGGUCAUUUAGUCGAAGGUCAAUGCCACAGCAUACCAAGCUACAUACACAUUUGUCCCUGACGAGCCAUCAGGAGGGGUUUCCUACAAACAGCUCUUGUCAUAUAAGCUGUUAUAUCUUUCCAUUAACAACACACAAAAAGCCUGUGCUUGUAAGACAUAAAAAUGUAACCUAUUUGGAUGUAUUAGUUUCUAUAUUGUGUUGGAAUCGAACAUGUUUGUUACAUCAUACUGAAUAGAUUGUUUCAGAAUAGUUUAGUUUUUGAAUUUAUAGGAAAUUUGUGUUGUCGUUAUGAAUUUAAUGUACAAUUACUUCAAUAUAAAAUAACAUUGAAGUGUAUGUCUGUAAUCUAUGCACAAAUAGUGAUACACUAUAUAUGCAUUGUGUUUAAUUUUAACAGCAUUAACGUUUCAUGCCGUUGCAAAAAAUCAAUCAACAAAUUUAUGAUUAGUGUCGUUGGGUUGGUAGGUUUCCGCCUGACCGAAAAGCGGAGUUGGAAUGGUUAAAAUGUUAGUAAUCAUGUAUAAAAUAUAAUCAGAAUGGCCGUUUCUAUCUACAUUAAUUUUCAACUAUUCAAAUUUAUAAAUGCUUGCAUGUUGCAUUUGUUGCUUAAGCUAGGCAUAUUUUUCAGGGGUGUAAAUUUUAUUAGAAAGAAACGUGUUUUCUUCAACACUUCGUUUUCUGUUGUUUUUUUCCUGCGUGUCAGAGUGUCAGAAAAUUAAAAAAAAAACGAUUGAAAUUCUAAAUGUAGAUCCAAUUUUGUAUGGCAUAAGGUUGAUUAUCUUCAAAGUUAAAAUAGAUAGAGAAUGUAAAUGUUCAAUCAGUUACAAUGCACCUUUCAGUUUUAUUUCCUAGUAAAUGAAUCAAACCAAUUCUUUUAUAAUUAAUGAAUUUCGUUUCAAUGGAUUGUUUAUAUUAGGCAUAAUUUUAAUAUUUUGAAAAGUUUAGAUUUGUGCUACAAAUAGAACUGAGUGUAUUUUUGGUUUUUUGAAUUUAUUCUAAAUACGAAUAGCAUCUAAAACUAGUGACAUUAUUAGUGUGGAGAGUGUGUGUUGUAUAUACUUUUGUGGAAAAUCUUUGCUAUAUAUACUUCUGUGGAGUAUGUGCUGCUUUCACUUUUGUUGGGAGUCUGUGUUGUAUAUACUUUUAUAGGGAAUCUGUGCUGUAUACUCCUUUGUGGAGAAUCUGUAUUAUAUACAUUUUGUGGAGAGUUUAUGAUAUAUAUACUUUUGUCGCAAUAUAUAUUUGGAACUUUU